GGGCAUAUUUCACUGCGACUCAAGGAAGGGACUCCAUUCGAGCCGUGUUGUUAUUAUCCUGAGCUAAGUGUCAACCUCAGCCUGUCUACUCUCCAACAUGUCUUCAGACUUUGAAGCAUACGAGCAGGAGUUCGCGACCGUCACGGCAGAGAUAACGAACAAAAUCGGAAGAGUUCCCAAACUCGGCGGGGAGGAGAAGACGCAGCUGGUUCUAAAUGUCGACAAACAGCUUGAAGAAGUCAGAGAGUUGCUGGAGCAGAUGGACCUGGAGGUGCGGGAGAUUCCCGUACAGAGUCGAGCCAUGUACAACAGCAGGCUGAAGAGCUACAAGCAGGAAAUGGAGAAGCUGGAGAAAGACUUUAAAAGGUCACGCAUUGCCUACAGUGAUGAGGUGCGCAACGAGCUCCUAGGGGACGACGCCGGCUCCUCCGAGAACCAGUUGAUAAAGUUACGUGAAGAGAGAGCGCAUCUGUUGGACAACACAGAGAAGAUGGAAAGGUCAUCACGGAGACUGGAGGCCGGCUACCAGAUAGCAGUAGAAACUGAACAAGUGGGCCAGGAGAUUCUUGCCAACCUGCACACCGACCGUGAGAAGAUCCAGAGAGCCAGAGAAAGACUGAGAGAAACAGACGCCAACCUGGGCAAGAGUUCUCGCAUCCUUACCGGCAUGCUGAGAAGGUAAGAGGCAGGAUCAUCCAGAACCGUGUCCUGAUCUUCAUCCUCGGAGCCAUCAUCCUUCUCACCAUCAUCCUGGCCAUCUAUUUCAAUCUGCGAGGCCACUGAUCUCUACACACACACACACACACACACACACACACGUACACACACACACCCCUCCUUCCCGACACAAAUACAAACACACACACGCGUGAUUAAUAGCGACAAAAGCGUUGUUCUGCUGUAAUUAGGACAAAUGGUCCCCAUGAAUCACUGUUUCCAAAGCCUGACAGGGAGUUUUUUUUUUCCAUCUCUUUCCUGUUCGAUGGCCCCUCCUCUCUUUUCUUUCCCUCUCUUACCUUUUUUUUUCUGCCACUUUGCACUUCCCUUUCUUUCUUUUUUCCCCUCUGUCUUUUCACCUCUUCAGCUUUGUCCUCUCUCUGUCAGGCGUUCUCCUACAUUUCCAGGGACAAGGAUUUGGGGGCGGUGAGAUGUUUUUAUGAUAGUUCAUAUUUUUCACCGUGUCAUCCUCAGCUUAGUUUUGCGGCUCAUCGUGUCCCGAGGUGAACGAGGCCUGGGGGAGUUUUUGUAACUCGAAACAGAUUCAGAUACCUAGAUGUUUUUUUUCUGUGAUCAGAGGUGGGUCAAGUGUGUGUGUGUACAGACACAGAGAGAGGGAGGUAUAAAAAUGUGUUUGUUAUUAACACCAACAGUAACACACAUGAUUCAGCUGUUCUUCAUGUGGCCCAGCUCAGAGGACGGUGCCUUCAGAUAAGAUUUACUUCUCACACUCCUUUAAAAAGCUCGGCAGAGCCCGAAAUAGAUGAGUGGCGCUGCUUCACAAAGACGAUGCACAUGAAAAGGUCAGUUCACAGUUAAGGUGAAGGUUCAUUUUUAUUAAGAAAGAAUUUGAAUUAUUUCUUUCAAGGAUAGAUGAACAUUUCAAGAGUUUGCAGAUUGAAUUAACAAAAUGAUAAUCUAUAAAGUUUUAAUAGAAGAUAGAACUGUCACCAGUCUUUAAACAUACGAUACAGAGAAAGGUUUAAAUGUCCAUGAUUCCCCUGCACGUCCCAAACCCAGAUUUCCAUUCUCAUCCCUGCAGACUUUAUAACAUAACUUUCAUUGUGGAGGAUUAUCUGCAUCAUACUGUUUGUACUAACAUUUAAAACACCCAUGUAUAGUGUUUUGCUCUCAAUACAAGUGAUUCUAUGACUAUUUAUUUAUAAAUGAGUUUACGAUUAAGUCUCUGUGCUAGAACUGUAUAUUUGAUCAAGUUUGUAGGUUUUCACAAUUAACAUUUUUUUCAUUUUCAUUCAUUUUUUACGUUUUGUUUUUCCUGAUUCAGUGAUUAGACAAAAUUCUGACUUCACACCAGGACCAACAAAAUGUUUGGAUUUGUUGUUUUUGCUCCUGUUCUGAUAAAUGGAUCUAACUUGUUUUAGAACUACUUUUUUUGUUCCAUAUUUUUCUUGUCAACUUCUGACGACUGUGUCGCGGUCCUUGUUUCUCUGUUUAUCUGUAUCCUCACUGAUGAUGUGAUACAUUUGCAGGUGUUUGAAAAACAUGUGCGAGUUUACCGCUGUUUAAUUCUUCAGGGGAAAGCCAUUCUUCAGGGGGUCUUGGAAAAAUCUAAAUUUAAGAGCAUAUUAGGAGAUUUUUCUGAAGUCGAGACGCGUGAAGGUAACGGCGUGCACACUGCAAACACACCCACACUUACACACACAGGGAAGAGCGUUGGAGCGCGCACGUAUCUCCUUUGGUCGGCGUGGCGGUUCCCAGCGAGGACAUUUGCUAUUCUGUUUUAGGGCCACGGUCUUCAUUUUCGAAGAUGCAGGGGCGUCUGGGGGGGAGCGAGGGUCCCCACCCCCAACGCGCGCAGCCUCCCCCCCCCCUCCCUCCUACCGACCACCAUUUCACAGGCCCUCACCAGCCGCAGCGCCACAGUCUGCAUCAAAGCCUCAAAUUAAUGGCCGACAAAAUAGUGUGCCUCUGACCGUCCCAUGCGGGGCCGACCCACCAAGAGUUAUCAUUAAAGUCAAGGAAUGAUGAAAAAA